AUGGCAUCAGGGUGGUCCUGCUGGGUCCUCCUGCUGCUCCUGCCUGCCCCGGCCCACCCUGGGGGGCCUGGCCCUGUCCUUGUCAAGCGUCCCUUCGUCACCAUCUGGAACAUCCCCACCGAGCGCUGCGCCGAGAAGUACAAUGUCACCCUCAACCUGGAGGUCUUCGACGUGUUGGCCAAUGACCAGCAGUCCUUCAUCGGGCAGGACAUCACCCUCUUCUACAACAAGGAGCUGGGCUUCGUCCCCUACUACACAUCCAAGGGGGUGCCAGUGAAUGGGGGGCUCCCCCAAAAUGCCAGCCUGCAGGCCCACCUCCAUGAGGCCGCCCGAGACAUCAAAGUCACCCUGCCCAGCCCUGCCUACAGCGGGCUGGCUGUCAUCGACUGGGAGAAGUGGCGCCCGCUUUGGAUCCGCAACUGGGCCUCCAUGGACAUCUACCAGCAGAAGUCAGAGGAGCUGGUGCGGCAGCAGCACCCGCAGUGGCCCCCCAACCUGGUGAAGGAGACAGCCAAGCAGCAGUUUGAGCAGAGCGCCCGCAACUUCAUGGAGCAGACCCUGCAGCUGGGUAAGACCCUCUGUCCCGAUGGCUACUGGGGGUUCUAUGGCUUCCCCAACUGCUACAACAAUGACUUUGACAGCGUGCCCUACACUGGGAUGUGUCCGGUGGUGGAGCAGCAGAGGAACAAGGAGCUGUGGUGGCUCUGGGAGAGCAGCCAGGCGCUGUACCCCAGCAUCUACCUGCCCUCCUGCUUCAAUGGCACUAACAAGGCACUAACCUACGUCCGGCACCGCAUCGCCGAGGCCUUCGCUGUCCAGCGUGGCAUCCUCUCCAGCGGCAUCCCUGUCCUGCCCUACUCCCAGAUUGCCUUUGACUGCACCACUGACUUCCUCUCCCAGGAGGACCUGAUGAACACCAUCGGGGAGAGCGCGGCUCAGGGUGCUGCUGGCAUCGUCCUCUGGGGCAGCCUCAACUACAGCACCUCCAAGGAGAUGUGCCUGAGGCUAAAGGACUACGUGGAGGGGCCCUUGGGCCACUACAUUGUUAAUGUGACGGCCAGCGCUGAUCUGUGCAGCCAGAGCCUGUGCUCCGGCCGGGGCCGCUGCGUGCGCCAGGAGAACAAGCAGGGCUUCCUCCACCUUGACCCCUUCCGCUUCACCAUCGACCUGCAAGCUGGCAAGCCCUGGCUGGUGGUGCAGAGCCUGGAGUCCAGUGAUGAUGCCCUCCAGCUGGCCAAAGAGUUCAGCUGCCAGUGCUAUGACAAGUGGCAGGGACCCCGCUGCAACACCCAGGGCUUCGCUGAGUGA